UUGAGUACUGAGUUUAAAAGUUUUAAACUCGGUUUUGUGAACUCAGUACUCAACAGUUUUUCAGGGUUCAGACAACAAUGGCGGAGACCGGAGAUCGUUCUAGCACUAGCAACGACUUGUCAGAGAUUUCAUCGGAGAUGGCGUUGUUAGGGAAGUACGAGGUCGGGAAAUUGUUGGGGUACGGCGCGUUCGCUAAGGUUUACCAAGCGCGUAACAUGCAGACGGGGGAGACGGUGGCGAUCAAGGCGGUGAGUAAAAAGAAAGUCCUCCGUGGUAAGAUGAUGGCGCAAGUUAAAAGAGAGAUUGCUAUCAUGCGCCGGCUGAACCAUCCCAACAUCGUGAAACUCAUCGAAGUUUUAGCAACGAAGAGCAAGGUUUACUUCGUAAUGGAAUACGCUAAAGGCGGCGAGUUUUUAACAAGGAUAAAUAAAGGCCGGUUCAGUGAAGAACUCUGCCGCCGGUAUUUCCAACAAUUAAUCUCCGCCGUCGGAUUUUGCCACUCUAGAGGCGUUUUCCACCGUGAUUUGAAACCGGAGAACCUCUUAUUCGACGAGAAUUGGAAUUUAAAAGUGACCGAUUUCGGACUCAGCACCAUGACGGAACAAGUCCGACAAGACGGUCUCCUCCAUACGUUUUGCGGUACCCCAGCUUACGUAGCGCCGGAGAUUUUAUCUAAAAAAGGAUACGACGGUGCUAAAGCUGAUAUUUGGUCAUGCGGCAUCGUUUUGUACGUUCUUCAUGCUGGUUAUCUUCCUUUUAAUGAUGCAAAUAUGACGGUAAUGUAUCGUAACAUUUACAGAGGUGAAUAUAAAUUCCCGAAAUGGACAUCACCGGAGCUCCGGCGUUUGAUUUCCCGCCUUUUAGAUACAAACCCAGAAACAAGAAUCACCAUUGAUGAAAUCAUCAAUGACCCAUGGUUUAAAAACGGGUAUAAAGAAGUUAAAGUUCAGCCGGUUGAUUUUGAUUUAAAAGAAGAAACUCAAAGCAAUGUUCGAUUCAAUGCUUUUGAUUUAAUUUCUUUUUCGACCGGUUUUGAUCUUUCCGGUUUAUUUAAUGAUACUGAAUUUUCCGUUCAACGGGAACGGUUUGUAUCGGCGGAGAAGCCGUGGAGGAUUAUAGAGAGAAUUAAAGAAGAGGUGGCGAAAAUGGAGAAUGUGGAGGUUAUAAGUAUGAGAGAAAGUGGGAUACGGCUAGAACACCUGGGGAAUAAUUUGGUUAUUGCUAUUGAUAUUAACCAGUUGACGGAGGAGCUCGUGGUGGUUGAAGCCGGUCGCCGGGAACUCACCGCCGGGUCAAGUGAUGAAAUCUGGAAUGAAAAAUUGAAACCCAGACUUUCCGAUUUGGUAUAUAAUUCUGAAAGUGAACUUUGAUGGACGGAUUUGAUGGGGUAAUUCUGAAAGAACCCAACAGGAAAUGAAGGGCUGUCAGCGCCGCCGUACCAGUCGCCGCGGGAAAUGGGAGCAAAGCUAAUUUUUUUAAAAACCGGGUUUUUAUAUUAUUAUUUCAUUUUUGGCCAAUAUGUAUUAUGUAGGGUUCAUAACUGGCCUUAGGAGAUUCUUUUUAUCAGAUGAAGAAAUGAAAUAUUUUUAUUUCUUUAA